UCAAAAUUACAAAAUGUGUGGAAAAGAAUAUUCAAAGGCUAAAGGUUAACCCAUGCAGCGGAGAGUCUGGUGUUCAAUUUGAGCUAUCAUAAUGCGGAAAUGAAAUCUUUGUUACCAAACAGUUUGUUCGAUUCAUUCAUCAUACUCGUUUAAAUAUUCAAAUUUCUCUACUAAAAGAAAUGCAAACGUUGUGAAGCGAAACUAAAUAAUCAUCGUUUUCGCUUACGCUUAAAAAUGAGUCGAUUUGGGGUGAGGAAAAUGAGUCGCAAACUCAGACAGAGCGUACGAACGGCAUGCAAAUUCCGAUACAUCGUUACCUAUGAAUAUCUUGAAGUGAAAUCUCAGGAGGACUGGAAACCAACAGAGUUAAAUAUAUUAUGGUUUCGUGGUCACCGGACGAAGUCCUCCAUCAAGCCAUCAUGGAAUGUUCAAGUACCAAAUACUGUCACGAAAACGUCAACCUGUACUGCAAAAUGGCUUCCCCCAUACUCGGUGGAGCUUAUCGUGACACUAUACAAGGACAUGGCUGGUUCGUCGUUCAAGAAAAAAGAUUACAUGUUUGUCAUGGAGGACAUUCAAGGUUCAAAAAGGAAGAAAUUAGCAAUAUUUCCUUGCAAUAUCGCGUCCUAUGUGAGCAUGGAUGGUGAAACACACGAUUUGGAACUGGAAUUUAAGUCGUUGUCGAAGAAGAUUAUUACUGCAAAAUGUGGGCUGAAAAUCAAAUGCGAGUUUAUUAAAGAAGGAAGUGCAAUAGAUGACGACAUGCAAAGUAACUUCAGUCACAUGAGUGAAGCCGAGGAGUUUUCGAGGAUGUCGGAGCUCGCCGAGGUAAGUGAAGAUGAAUACAGUAACAGUUGUGAAGACAUCCCGGAGGAAGUGAAUGAACUGGAUGUGGAUGAAAAGGUGGACAUUGAACCAUGGCAAUGGCAAGGCCUCGAUUUUACAAGAGCUGAUCUGGAAAAUCAAGAGAAUUCAGUAGAUCAAAAUACAGCAAAGGGGAAAUCGGAAAAGGGAAAACCUUGGUCCAAGUUCGUAGCUGAUAUAAAUUCGUUUGAGUGGUUAAGAAAUCCUCUUUCUGGGAAAGAUGGGAAAGAGAAGAAAAAGAGGAUUGCCGAACAGCUGAAAGAGAACGCUAAAGCAGAACAAACGAAGGUCGCAGAUGAGUCGGAGCUGCCUGUACCCCAGGACAAACAAUUAAUAAAAGCGAAGAGCCUCAGUCACGAGGAUGAAAGGAACGAGGUUACGAUACCAAGGGAAGAUGAAGACGCAGUUAGUGACGUAUUUGAUAAUGAUGAGGAGGAAGACAUAGACCAAUUUCGCGGUUCCACAGGAUCUCUGGACAACAUUAAAUCACGGAACGGCUUGAGGUCAUCAAUUAAAGAAACUUUGAAAAACGUCACAAGCAAAACAUCAAAGCUCAGUUCAUUGGGUCAGUCUACAGACGAAUGGAAGGAGCUGGAAGCUAAGCUCAAAGAGAAGACGAGUCAAGUUUGGAAUUUAGAACAUGAGAAGAAGGAUUUAACUCGAGAUAACAGGGAACUGGUGGUUGAAAAUAACAAACUGCAAGAUGAUGUUUUCGCUUUGCAAAAGCAACGAGAAGAAAUGCAGACGGAAAUCAGUGAACUACAAAUUCUCGUGGAGGACUUGAAAAUACGACUCUGUACGUCUGAAGCUGAACACAAACAACUAAAGAACGAGGAAAGAGAGUUGCUCGCAAAGAUGAAUCUUCGUGGCUGGUUGUGUAAACGAGGAGUAAAGGGUUUAACUGGCCAUCAAUGGCGAAGAAGAUGGUUCGCAACUGACGAAAGUGGAAAGCUUUAUUACUAUAAGCAAAGCAGUAACUCGUCACCACAAGGAUUUAUUGAUCUUGACAUGAUCAUUGAAGUUCAAGAUCAGACAGAGGAAAAACAAGACAAAAAUAAGGCUUCGUUUAAUGUCGUUGUUGACAAAAGAAAAUAUGAAUUAAUGGCAAAAGACUCAGAGGAGAAGCAAAAAUGGAUAAACGCACUGGACUAUCUCAGACACUGGCGCAGUCAUACAUCUAAGUUUCUAAGUGACGAUCAAUCUUUUGACAAGGGAGACGCACUUAAUCCUUUCCUGAAUUAAAAUCGUCUAAGCAUUUGCUUGCAAAGCGACGUAUAAAGCGACCUUAGCGUAUCGUAUUUGCUUACCUUUACUGGCUUCCUUUUGUCGUUUCACGAUGCUUUUAUGGGCUAUCCUCGCACAGCCUCGUCACCACUUCCAUAAUACACAAACAGUGGUUAAUAAUACUCUGGGUGCAGCACCUUGGAACAAAAAAUAACGGUUGAAAAAAUAACACUAAAUGCGUAAUCUAACAUCAUGCACAUCACGUCAGAUCAGACGCCUAUAUUAAAUUAUUGUACAUUUUAAUAUUUAAAGUGCUUAAUUUUUACGUAUAGAUUUAUAAAAAAACAUAGGUAGAUUUAUAA